AGACGGUUGUUGUCUAUGAAACAGGUGUGCGAGUACGGGCGGUUGCAGGCUGUAGUCUACCUACAAGGCAAGCGACGACCUUGAGGCCGAAAUGUGAUUGGACAAGGAAACCCUGUGUUGCCCAGAGUUACAUAAUGUCUCAAGAUCUGACAUGCCGAUAACCGUGGUCGUAACCAGCGUCGGGUCUCGCAUAUGGCGAAGAUUAUUCACGAUCGCGACCACGGAGACCGACGCUUCUGGCUGGCCAAGCGCCACUAGCAGGUGAUGAAUUCGGGACACGGGCGCCGCUACAACAAUUGCUUGGAAUACCCACGACUGUCGUUCGCUAAGGUAUAUAGCUGUGCUGCCGGCAAAGGUGUCGACUCUAGUCUCUACCCAAUAUCCCGUCGCCAAAGCUCCUCGUUCUCUUCUGCCACGCCUAGUUCGUCAUGGCUCUUUCUCUGGCAGAAGCAGAACUCAUUGGCACACUGUUGGAGGCGAUGUGCUACGGGAUGUUUCUCAUGCUUUUUCUCGAGCUUCUCCGCGUGCUCUACGUGAGACAUCGGGCCGGCAGAUCAAUCAAACUCCUCCUCGUCAUUGCGCUGCUGAUAUUUUCACUGAUUACCACGGACGUAGUUUUACAGACAAAUCAGGUGGUGGAGGCGUUCACGGAUCACAUGGACGUAGCAAAUGCCCCAGUCACAUAUUCCAUUACGCUGAGCGGGCACGCCAGGAUGGCAAAGGCCUGUAUUUUUAUGAUGCUCACUCUUGUUUGCGAUGCUCUUAUGGUUUAUCGAGCGUUCGUGGUUUGUGAAAGCAAAUACCGCACGAUAGCUCUCCCUUCUGUGCUCUUUCUGGCCGACAUAGUAUUGUUUGCCUGGUUCUUGUGGAGUUAUCUGAACAUUGAUAAACACCAGACUUCACUGAGGACUGCACUAAUUCGGAUCGACUACUUCUAUGCGGUUACUUUGACUCUUAAUCUCUUGUGUACAGUCCUGAUCUCAUGGAAAAUCUGGGCUAGCCACAGGAAGCUGUCAGGGUCCGCUGCGGCGGGAGUUCGUAUCAUGGGUGUUAUUACUAUCAUCAUCGAGUCUGCGGGCGUAUACUCCUGUAUUCUUGCUGCACUCAUCCUAACGAACGCUCUAAACACGACAGUACUGUGUGUUAUCUUGGAUCCCACGUACCCCGUAAUUGGUAUAAUCUUCUCUGCUGUCAUGAACGAACGAGUCAUCAGCAAACCUUCACGACGGGUCAGCGAGACGACGACCCCGCUUCCAAUCAGGCCUUCGUGCCCGAGAGAAAGCGAAGCACGCUCGACAAGAACUCCCCGGUAUUCGGAGGAGAGGUAGUAUAGCUCAUAUGCUGGACGGCCUUAGCCUUGAGCUCGGAUCGUCCUGUCUUAAAUCAACUGUAUUGCUAGUUGUCGUAUUAACCGG